GUUUCUAUCAGCAUCACUAUAUAAGCAUCGCCGCUUGCCUCAGCGUGUUACACCAAGCAAGAAGACACUCCUGAUUAAAUUGCAGAAAAAUCCAGAACUAUGGCUCGUCAGACUGAAGUGAUGUUGCUUCUUAUUCUCGCCACAGCAGCAACAGUCUUUGCUGAUGUGGUGAAUCCUGAGACAGCGGCUGAUUUUGAUCAGAUCGUGAAAGAAUCCAAAGAACGUCGCGUAGACAGCAAAUGUUCCACAUGCUGUCCAAAUGGCUGGGUGAAAUAUGAGAGACGUUGCUUCUUGUAUCAGGCCAGAACGGACUGGGCUUCUGCCGAGAAACGCUGUCUGGAUCUCGGUGCACACUUGGUCUCAAUACACAGCGAAAAAGAACAUCAACUGGUUAAAUCCGUUAUCCGUUAUCAUGACCCCCAGGAGAAUCCAACAUGGAUCGGCCUCAAUGCCUGUCAGAAGAAACAUUACUUUUUUUGGUCUGAUGGCACCAAAUUGACUUACACCAGUUGGAGUCCAAAUGAACCCAAUUUUGAUCGUGGAGAGUGCUGUGCACAUACAAACUGGGGUUCUGCUAAGAACUGGAAUGACAUGCAGUGUUAUUCGAACAAUGCCUUUGUGUGUGCCAAGAGUAUUUACUGAAAUGCUCCCAGCUAUAAUACAAUGUCAGAAAGGCUUUCCUUGUCACAAAUGGAUAUCCAAAAUAUAAUUUUCUGACAACUUACCAUAAUUAGAGCAGUAAAAAAAUACAAAAAAAAAAUUAAAAUAAAAUAAUUUCAUUAA